AUGGCAAGAUUAACUUCAGUACCAGUCAAUGAAAAUAACAAUUCAUCAACACAUCUUAACGCACGUUUAAAUUUUACUCACAUCGAGUCCAAUCCUUUGUUAAAAUCUCUUUACGAUCAAGUAGAUGCGAUGUUGCAACAAUCAUCGGGUCAAGAUAUAACAAAAUUAUUUUAUGUGGUCUUUUCAGCUAUCGACAAGAAUUUUUCAAAUCCAACUUCACCACUUUCAAUGAAUUCGGAUGCAAAUAAUUUGAGACAAUUAUUUAAUACUCAAAACGAUAGAAUAAGUCUCACUUUAACUUUACGAAGGUUAACGCAACAAUCUACGCCACAAUCCGUUUCAUCUGAAGAAUCAUUGACUUCUAAUUUACCUCCUCCUCCUGAAACUUGGUCCGAUACGGAUAUGACUUCUUUGAUCGAUCAAGUAAUCAAAGACGAAGAGUUGAUAGGAAAUUUCUCUAGUGCUUAUGGGUCCUAUCGAUAA